UCCGUUUAGACUGUGUUCUCUCUGCUGUUGAAGUGGGACGUGGUUGGCGUGCGUGCUGUUCUGUCUGUAAUGACACAGUUAACGGAUAUUUAUCCCCUCAGGAGCUGAUAUCUGAUGACACUGACCGCAGAGCGGCUUGUUUCCACUAUCGUAAAUGAUGAAAAAUCGGGAAUAUCAGCAAAUAGACCCUCAGGCACUCGCGACGCCCGCACCGACUCCUCCAGCGCGAGCUCUGCCCGAGCACAAGCCUGCACGAGCGCGGAGGAAAUGGGAGGUGUUUCCCGGGAAGAACCGCUUCUACUGCGAUGGACGCAUCAUCGUGGCGCGUCAGAGCGGCGUGCUGCCUCUCACACUGGGGCUCAUACUGGUCACCAGUGGACUGUUUUUCAUUUUCGACUGCCCAUUCCUGGUGAAGCACCUCACCAGCUGCAUCCCAGUGAUCGGAGGGGUGCUGUUUGUGUUUGUGAUCAUCUCUCUCCUCCAGACCAGCUUCACAGAUCCAGGCAUUCUGCCCAGAGCAACAGCAGAGGAGGCUGCAGACAUAGAGAAGCAGAUCGACAACCCGGCAGGCUCUUCCUCAUCCUAUCGCCCCCCUCCGCGCACAAAAGAGGUCGUUAUCAACCAGCAGGUGGUGAAACUCAAGUACUGCUUCACCUGCAAGAUCUUCCGUCCACCGCGCACCUCUCACUGCAGCCUGUGUGACAACUGUGUGGAGCGGUUUGAUCAUCACUGCCCGUGGGUUGGCAACUGUGUGGGAAAACGAAACUAUCGAUUCUUCUACACCUUCAUCGUCUCACUCUCCUUCCUCACGGCCUUCAUCUUCGGUUGUGUAACCACACACCUGGCUCUGAGGUCACAAGGAGGAAAUGGGCUGGUAUUAGCUCUCCAAGAGAGUCCCGCCAGUGCUCUUGAGUUAGUGGUCUGCUUCUUCUCAGUGUGGUCCAUUUUGGGCCUCUCAGGCUUCCAUACCUACCUGGUCGCUGCUAAUCUUACGACUAACGAGGAUAUUAAAGGUUCGUGGUCAGGCAAGAGUGGGAAUGAGGACGUGGGAAAUCCAUACAGCUACAACAGUAUCAUCAAAAACUGCUGCUCCGUUCUCUGUGGACCCAUGCCACCUAGUUUGAUUGACAGGCGAGGGUUUGUGCCCUCUGAUGACUCCGUUCAGACCAGUCCCUUGGAAAUCGAGCUGCCAGCUGCUAAAAACGACAUUAACAUGUGCACACAGGGCACUAAAGGUCUGCUGGAAACGGCUUCUCGUUCUCCUCUCCUGACAAGCUCCUGUCCGCAAGCCAAGCCCCAAGUGGUGCCACCAGCCCUGGACCCUCUUCAAGAGAUCGUCCCCUCUCCUGCCCCAGAGCUGCCCAAGAUCGUUGGAGGACGCCAGUCGACCAGCACGCCUCACAAACACCACUCUCACCACAGAUCCAAAGGAAAGCAAACCAGUCAUCACACCCACAAGAUGACCAACUCCUCUCCAAGACCUCAUCACAGUCACAGUUCAAGAGGGCGUAAAGACUCAAAGACCAGAGACCAAAAAUUCAGUUCUCUUCGCUGAACACUCUGACUUCAAGAAUCUGCAAAUGUCCUCAUGUUGGGGAUGUUGAUGCGUUAAUUUGCUUGGAUUGUCUGAGUUUAUAUUCAUAGAAUUGAUUCAUUAAAGGUGAAGUGUGUAAUCUCUGUGCCAUCAAAUGUAACUGCAAAACUACUAACUGUUUUCAGACAGGUUUCCCGAACUCACACAUUGGUUGCACCAAUGUUCUUAUGUCGUGCUAGUCAGGAUGCUCAAACAAACGGAGCAAUAUUUUGGUGGCACAACAGAGUUGCACUUUUCGGGGAAAUCAACCUACAAAUGGCUUGCUUGUAGUGUUCGCAUAAUAAACUGGAAUAUAUAAACUGGGAAAGUAUUUUAACAUUGAAAGAAAUUACAUUCUUCGGUUUUAAUAAACUAAGCACAGUAUUAAACUGUUACUGUACCAUAGAGGAAUACUAUCACACCAGUGGUCCUCAACGAUCAGUGAAGUUAUGAAGUAUGGACUCCCCUUUACGAGAGUGGUUUAAAUGAAAAACUGUGUAUUGAAUCUACUGGUUGUUCCCAUGAUGUUUCAAAUGUUGUAGACAAGCACAAAGAGGGUCCAUUGGUCUUAAGAAACAAACUACAGUCAAUUGCCAUUGAGACUAGUCUGUUCUCGGCGUGUUUCUAAAAGAGCUUUAUUGGAACAGCAGUAAUGGAACAAUAUGAACAUUGUUGUCCACUGCCUGGACAUUGAAAUCUGGGACUGAUUUUUUUCUGGCCUUUUUAAAGGAAUAUUGGUAAAACUUUACUUUAAACUUCCAUUUAUUAAAAGAGUUUAUAAAGGGUUCAUAAAUGAUCAAUAUUCAUUUAGAAAUGCAAACAAAUCACUGAUGUGUGGUUAUAACAGCAUGCAUAAUAAGGGUGACUUUCAUGCAAUACUUGCCAAUUAGUGAGCCAUUUCACCUCACACUUAUUCAACUUUAACCUGUAAUAUAAAGUGAACACAUACAGGUAUAAAGCCUUUAAUAAGGAGCUGCCAACAUUAGAAGCCUAUAUAUAUAUAUAUAUAUAUAUAUAUAUAUAAAGUUUAAUAUGGUUUAAUGGUCAUCAGGCUUUAUUAAAGCCAUAUCACACGAGCAAGAGUGCUGUAUGGCCCUACAUCAGCACGGCUGUAAUUCAGCCACAGGUAAUCACCAUCAUGCUGAUUUAGGACCAUACAACAUGAUUGCAAAUGUGAUAUUGCUUUUACACAAAAGUUUAAUGUAAAAGUAAAAAAAAAAAAAAAAAAAAAGAGGAAAAACACAAAAAACGCACUUGUGCAUGGAACUACUUUCUUACGCCACAGAUCAGAAUCUGCUGUUGCUGAUCAAAAGAUAUGCACAAGCCUCCAUUACUAAUUCAAAAAUAUCACUUUAGAACUAGUAUCGAUGGCUUUGGCUGUUUCUAACAAGUAACUGGAGAAAUUGAGUGUGUGCGAUUACCUGUGUCUGUCGUAACUCCCAAGCAGAGAUGAUCAGUAAAGCUGUAGUUGUUUAACUCCAUUCCUCAGCUGUAGUGUAGCGUUAGUCAGCUUGCUGAAGAUUAUGGAAUUUUGGUCAUCCUUUUUUCUCCAUGUAAAAAAUAGCUGUCCGAGGAGGGUCCUCUCUGAGCAUUUCAUGGUAGCUGGUUCAUUGUGUCCUCCAUGUUGAAUGUUUAAAUUUGCUCCCAAUGUGGAAACUCUGGUAGGUAAGCACCUUUAGUACGUUUGAUAAAUUCUUCUGUUUUGUUUCUCAGCUGUGAUACGCCUUAAUGCUGAUGCUGUAAGUUUAACUCUAUUUCCCAGCUGUAGUGUAGUAGUAAUCCAAGCAAUCAUGGAGUUAGAGACAAUGCCAUUCGCUUCAAAGAAACCGCUCACUGACUGGCAGCGCUGCCUGAAAUGAAGGUCGUCAACUCAACUGACUCACAACACAUAAAAUGAAAAUCUAGCUGCUUUUAACACAUCGGCGCUGCUCUUAAACUUUAUUUUUGAAUGCCACGAACACAAGCGGAGUGAUACAAAGAGUGAAGCCUCCAAGUGCUGCUGUUCUGAGACAUCAGCACUCUUGGAACGCCUCGCAUCCAAUCAGAUUUGAGGACCAUAACUAACUGUAGUAUAAUAUAUGAUAUAUGCUGUGAAUGACCAAAAAAGUGUUUUUGCAGAGGACUUUAGGUAACUAGGACUAAGUAAGUUGGAGUGGCACCAUUCGUUUGACAUCAACGUGUCAAGGAAAAUGGCGACACAAUGAAUUCAAGACAUUAAAGGUGCUGUAAGGUAUUUUAGCCAUUCUAGUUCCACGAGACUGAGCCGUUGAAUUAGCCAAGCCCCCUCUUCCAAAACCCUGCACUCCAAAGAUAACAAAAUGAACUUUACUUAGGUCCACAUCAUGCAGAAAUGGUUGUUAAAAACAGCAGCAGCAAAAUGGCACCCUCAACGGAUAAUUGUUAUAAACAACAUGGCAUAAAAAUGGCAGUAAGCCAUUAAUAAUAAUAAUAAUAAUAAUAAUAAUUCACUAAAACUACAGUACAAUGAGAACACGCAAAAUGAUUGACAGGUCGAAACCGUCAGAGAAAGUAAUGUUAAAGUAAUGAAUAUAAACACAAAGUGGACUGUAGCAAAAUGACAAUCCCUCCUUUUAAUCUCACGAUAAUUAUCUCACUAUUUGGCAAGUACUGGAUGAAAGGUGCCCUUUUCAUGCAUGUUGUUAUAACUGCAUAUAAAUGUUGUAUAAUGCAUUUGUAAAUGACUUAUUAGUCAUUAACAAACCCCUUUUUAAACCCUUAACCAAGGGAACAUUAACGUAAAGUGUUAACCGAAAUAUAUCACACAAACUUGAAAAUUCUGUCAUUAUUUAUUCACACACGUCAUUAUUCAUAUAUAUAUAUAUAUAUAUAUAUAUAUAUAUAUAUAUAUAUAUAUAUAUAUAUAUAUAUAUACAUAUACUUACACACACACACAUUCAGAAACUAUUCAGACCCACUCACAUUUUGUUGUUGCAGCCUUAUGCCUUUUCACAUCUAUAUACACUCCAUACCCCAAAAAGACAAAGCAAAAACCAGAUUUUUGAUUACUUUGCAAAUGUAUUAAAAAGAAAAGAAAGAAAAGGUAUCUGGAACACAAACAUGACAGUUCAUAGUAACCCAAGCUGUCAAUCUCCACCCCCCCCCAAAAAAACAGAAAAGCACUGUAAAAGUAAUCCAUACGACUUGUGCGAUAGCUUCAGGGGAGGGCAAGAGUAUCAGUGCAUAACUCUAAAUUUAAUUUGUGUAUGGCUUUAGAAGGCUUUAGAAGGCAGUGCGCAAGUAACAUUUACUACUUUUAUAAUACUUUUAUGAUGUUUUUGUUGUUUUUUGGAGCUUAAAAUUCCCUGGUCCCUAUAAAAUGUCGUAUGGUAAGAGUUGCAUAACAAUUCUUCAAAAUUUCUAUUAAGAAACAGCGUAUGUGUUUGGAAAGACAAGAAGGUGAGUAAAUGAUAUUGAUAGAAUUUUUUAUUUUUAGGUGAUAUACUGUAUAUCUUUAAAGUCACAUCGGGAUAUACUGGUCAAGCUUCAACAAGCAAAAGCCAAUCUUCUUUAUACAAAAAACAAAAACAAAAAAACAAGAGCAUGCCUGGGGAAUAUAGCUCACGAUCAUUUAUCAUUGGUCAUGUUGAACAAAAAUCUUCUUACAUACAAUUCCUUUUCUCUCAAAUGACUUCAGCAUGAUUUUGUAACAUAUUGUGUUUGAAACAUAGUAAUGUUUGAUAAAUGUGCACAAGUACCUGCUAAUAUUGAUGUGAUGAACCCUUGAUAACCACGGUAAAGAUCUUGUAAAUCUUUCCACGCUUGCUGUUCAAAUUCACAUGGCAUUCCUAAACCAAUGCUGUCUAUCAAUAAUUAGUAAAGUCUUCAUGCACUAACCCUUAAUGCAGCAAUACUGUACUGGUUUAUUUGGGAACUCUUCAUUGUUUGACUAACAUGCUGUUGUAUUAUGUUGUAUAUGUGGACCACUGAGAUCUUUGAAUGGGUACAGGGAUGUGGGUAGAGUAUUGUUAUCCAGGUUUUGUCUUAAAAUAUGCAAAAUGAAUGUUAUUUAUGAAUGCUGAAAUUUAUCCUCUGUUUCUCAAAACCUCUGCAAAAUUUGCACAAAUAAAUUUAAAGAACUAACAGGCCUGUUUGGAGUAUGUGGUUAAUAAUGUGUCAUAAAGUUUCUGGAUUAACUCUCCUGUGGUAUUCGGUCAUUUUUGACCAAAAUAUAUAUAU